CCGCCGCCGCGGGAGCGCCCCGGCCCGCUCUUGCAUGACUGCCCGAUGGUGUAGGAGGCCGGGGGCGAUGGAUCUCGGGGUCUACCAGCUCCGGCACUUCUCCAUUUCCUUCCUGUCCUCCCUGCUGGGCGCCGACAGUUCUGCCCUGCGCCUCGACAGCAGCUCUUCCGGCGCCAGCGUCGUCGCGAUAGACAACAAAAUCGAGCAAGCCAUGGAUCUGGUGAAGAGCCACCUGAUGUAUGCGGUCAGGGAGGAGGUUGAGGUCCUCAAGGAGCAAAUCAAGGAGCUGAUCGAGAAGAACAACCAGCUGGAGCAGGAGAACAACCUUCUGAAGACGCUGGCCAGUCCCGAGCAGCUGGCCCAGUUCCAGGCACAGCUGCAGACGAGCCCAUUGUCCGCCGCCCCCCAGCCCCAGGGGGCCCCACCGCAGCCCCCCCAGCCUGCCCCACAAGGCUCGGGGCCUUCCGCAUAGCCCGUGACACCUGGGCCCAUGUGCGCCGGACUCUGCUGAGGCAGGACUGCCGGGAAUCCAUGUCGCCCACCCCGCCACUGCAUGCCACCGCCCACCGUGAA